AUGAUCGGUCUGUGCAGGUUAAACCUUGUUUUUGUUCUCUGGGUCGCAACAACGUUCAUGUGCUCGGGUUACCCAGUUGUCCCUUCCGUGAGCAGUAAUCCUUUUUAUUUGAAUUGCCAGCUGUAUGGGAAAUCUGAUUACUGUCUCAUCCUGCUGGAUAGCUGCUUAGCCAAGGUGGACAGGAAGGAAGAACUGGCCUUUUUGAAGCCUUACCUGGAGCUACCUUUCAAUAAAAGGUCCUUUCGCAAUGGUGUUGGAUCAGGAAUUAAAAAAACUUCGUUUCGAAGAGCAAAGUCAUAA